AGAUGUAUUCUCAGCCGAGAUGUAACUACCCUAUGAAAUGCCCAUCGCAAUUCAGUUGCGAGCACGUUCGGAGCGAGGGCUUCAGAGCGAGGGCUUCCGUAACUGCAAGCUGAAGCCGCCUCGAAGUGUCGAAUCCUCUUCGAGGCAAGUUCAAAGGAGCCGUUAAGACUUGUUGAUGUCGAAGAUUGUCGAUCUAUAGAUUGAAGCAAGAGGCACCCUUCCCUGCUCAUAGUUUCUCUUGCAGUGCGGGGAUUGAUGGAAAAUGCGCCUUUGCACGGGAAAGGUGUGCGUGUACAAUGUUGCCUAUAGUCUAUGCAGCCGCGUCUCCUAUGCUGUCUUUUUGAUUACGCUCCUGAUUGCUGUCUUUUCAAGGAAUGAUGGGUUUAAUUUGCAAAUCCGGACAUCCGUGUUGUCUCCUCCGCAUCUGCCCAGCUGUGAAGGGAAAGGGAAUAUACAAGGAGAAGACGUAGUGAAAAUGUAUUCCAUGCAGUCAGAUAGGUAGCCUAUAUUGCUAUUCAUUAGAUAUAGACACGUUUGAUAUUUAGCCUGCUUUUUGGUGUUGUAGCCUAUUGAUCUUACUGACAUUUAUUGUCUAAUAUUUGACUCUCCAAGAUGAAUGGCCGUUUCAGGAGCAGUGUUGCAUAGUCUAUUACAUGGUCAGCUCGGCUAAUGUGUCUUCGUAUACAUUGUGUUCUCCUGUGCUGUACUCUAGUGAGAGUGUCCGUCGUCCCGACAGUGAUAAUCACCCACAGAAUCGCUUUUGUUUGUUGGACGGCUGGCGACACAUACACUCAACACUGUGUGGCUGCCGUUGUCCAGGGUGCUGAGUUCUGAAUCCAGCCCCGGUCUCCAGGAGGAGAGGAGGGAGGGAAGGAAGACAAAAAGAGUAGAGGUCGGAGUGUGGGAAGGGGAGGCUACAACAUACACUGGACAUUUAGGAGGAGAUGGAAGUGAAAAAGUCAUCCAAUUAACUGAAAAUCAAUACGCAUAUAUGACUGAUGAGCUCUCUCUUUCGGACUGAACCGUCUAGCCACCACCAUGGGACUGUGACCUGAGCUGCGAGCGACUAGAGGCGGUUGUUUAUGUGGUCUGUGCUUCGUGUGCGGACGGAGUGCGGACCGGACCUGAGCAGCACUGAGACAUUGAGCUAUGGCAGCGGCUAUCGCCAGCGGUCUGAUCCGGAAGAAGAGGGAAGCACGGGAGCAGCAUGUAGACCGACCACCCCAGAACAGGCGGAGGAAGAGUCCCAGUAAGAACAAGGGGCUCUGCAAUGGAAACCUGGUAGACAUCUUCUCCAAAGUGCGUAUCUUCGGGCUGAAGAAGAGGAGACUACGGAGACAAGAUCCCAAACUCAAGGGUAUAGUGACCAGGUUAUAUUGCAGGCAGGGAUACUACUUGCAAAUGAACUCAGAUGGCUCUCUUGAUGGGACCAAGGAUGACAACAGUAACUCCUCUUUGUUUAACCUCAUUCCUGUGGGCAUCCGAGUUGUUGCAAUUCAGUCCGUGAUGACAGGGUUAUACAUCGCCAUGAACGGGGAGGGCCAUCUGUACACAUCAGAACUCUUUACGUUGGAAUGCAAGUUCAAAGAGUCUGUGUUUGAAAACUACUAUGUGAUCUACUCGUCGAUGCUGUACAGGCAACAGGAGUCAGGGAGGGCUUGGUUCCUGGGACUCAACAAAGAGGGCCAAGCCAUGAAAGGUAAUCGAGUGAAGAAAACAAAACCAGCUGCUCACUUCCUGCCCAAGCCAUUAGAAGUUGCUAUGUACAGAGAGCCAUCGUUGCAUGACGUAGGAGAGACCAAAGCUCCCAAAACCGCCGUCCCUCCCAAUAAAAACACAACCGAGCCCCCAGUGAUGAAUGGAGGCAAACCAGUCAGCAAGAGUACUACUACUGCUACUACAACUACUUCUGCUAGGCCUCACACAUAGCCACACCUCACCUUACAUGUGUGUGCAGGGAAGGGUGUGAAGUGGGGGAAUACGAUGGAGGCAGGGAUUCUCCCUACUGGACUCCGAACCUGCACUGUCUUUCUUCUGUGGAUCAGAUCCAGGCAAUCCCUCUUUCCUUCCUUUCUUCUCCUCCUCAUCUUCUCUCUCUUUAACUCAUCAAUGGUGGAUCAAUCCGGAAAGGUGUUCGUCGACUUCCCCCUCCCUCUACUAAAAAGGAAGGAAGAGUGACUCUGACCAUGGAAUGCCUGACCAAAUAAUGGAAUUCCUUUAUAAUCGUAACUGUGAGAAUCCAUGAGAAUGAUGUGUGUUACACGGCCACAUAGGAUACCAGUAACCCAAGACCAACCCCUCUACUUUAUGUCCUGUUGCAGCAGAGUCUGUGCGAGUCUAUUUCCUAUAACACAGUUCACCAGCUAUGGUCUGGGGUAAAUGCUGUACAAAUAUAGUAAAAGGAAAUGUGGAUUGUCAUCCUCUAUUUUUUUACAAUUACGUUCUCGUCUCUUUCUAUCUCUAUUAUCACACUUUUCUCUUUGUCUAAUAACUUUUUUGCAGGGACAGUGUGUGGUUUUAUAAUACACACAGACACUGAAAUACACUCUUCCACACACACAUACACAAAAUUAGAUUCCACCGGUGGCUUGGUUCCAGGGACUCAUUUAGGAAGACUGGUGUUUGGGAAGCACUGCAGAUACAUACACUCUCACACAACGUCUACAUCAAGGGGAGAGUCAGAAUCUCAGGCUGCUAGUUGUUUGUUUACGGCUCGAUAAAAAAAACACUGGAGCCUGGUGGAUAGCUCCUGCAAUCAUAGCUGACGAAGUGCUAAUUACCACCAUUGCAAUCAAUGCUAGGAUCCCACAAACAUACAUAGACACACAAAUGCUUGUGUGUGUGGGAGAGCGCUUUAACAAGCGGUGUAUACAUAUCACUAUCCGAUCCCACCAGCGGUAAGCUCUGCCUCGUCUGGUAGGUAACUAGGAAACUAAGGUCUAUUUUUCCUUAAUUCUUAUUUUGGAGCGUGGACUCUAGGAAUAUCUAUAGGCCUUGUAGGCUUCUGUCCCUCAUUCACUGAGUUCUCUGAGAAACAGGCUAGGCUAGUGGCUCAGAAAAAAUGUUUCAAGCCCAAAAGAGGCAGCAAUUUUAUAAUCAACCAUUUUACAUACAACUCUACUCGAGGUUUGGAUUGGAAAGCGGCUGAACGGGUGUGGGUGCCACUGAUCGGGUGCAUCUCCAUUCUUUUCAGCAAACUAUAAAAGGUUAGUAUUGUGUUCUCUUUUUUUCUUGCAGCAGCAAUGCAAGAGAUGGCUUAUAUUACAACUUUUCACAGUAUACAAAAAAUUAUUACAAAUAUUUAAAAAACUACUUUUUAAACAACUUAAUACCAGAGGAUUUUCUCCUAGCUCAGCAUGAAGAGUCCAGUGUCGCUCAUCUUGGCAUGUCACGUGCCCUGUUUAGACCUCAAUCCCUGGCAUGCAAAAACAUAUAUCCAGUCACGACUGGGUCUAAGGUGCCUCACCCACCAAACACAUCCAUUAGAGACCUAGUAGCAUAUUCACUCAACAACCUUCACAGACCACAGAGAUUGAUUCAUAAAGUUACCAAAGUAUCCAAUAAGUCAGAACAUCUUACGAUACCACAGUUGUUAUUGUGUAGAUCAAUAGCCAACAGUAGCCGACGGCAGUCGGAUUCUGACUAGAUUUUCCUGUUUUGUGUAUUUUUUUUUACUGUGACUUACCAUAUGGUUAAUUUUCACAAACAUAAUCCUAUUGAUUAAUCAAUUCUCUGUUGGCCUUCUCGAUGAACCUCUGAAAGGUCUUGAUUGAUCUCGUGUUCAUAUGAAUCGAUGUUUCGGCAUACCUAGAACCAUUUGCAUGCAUGUUUUUCUACAAGGGAAUGUGUGAUAAUGGAAAGGUACUGUUCAGACCUACUUGUGAGUGUGGAGUUGUUUGUGACUCGAAAUAGCAUGUUGUUAGGCACAUUCCUACUUCCACUGGAGCUAGAGUACUUCACAGCACUUUCAGUUCAGAGUCCUGAUCUGAUCAUGACUGUUAGCAAUUUAUCAGCUGAUAAAUUGCUAACAAACUUGUCUUGAUUCAAGGAUUUUCAUAAUAGUUUUGAUAGACGAUUUAGAAUGUUGAUAAGUAGACUGAAGCUACUGUAUGCUGCUAAAAUUGCUAGUAUAUUAAGAGAUUCAUUUGACUAUAUAGUUUAUUGGGAUUUUGAGAUACUAGUUUCUAGGGGAUUUUGAAACAGAUUGUUAAUUAGACUUAAAAACACUUGUCUGUACAAAGCUACAUUAAUGCUAUUAUAACAAUGUCGCACUAUACACAAAGGAGCUGAAAUCAUUUUAAUUAUCUUUAGGGCUGGUGUCCCUCUUCCACAUGACACCCAUGUCGCAUCCCAAAUGAUACCUUAUUUUUUACAUUUGUCCACUACUUUUGACCAGAGCCAGAUGGGCCCUGGUCAAAAGUAGUGCACUAAAUAGGGAAUAGGGUGCCAUUUGGGAUGUAGCGCCAGUCAUUUCCCCACAUCAUAAUGAACUCUACGUGCUAGGCUACCCAAGCCCCUGCAGACCAGUUGACUUGUUCUUCGAAGGUGGAACUUUAUUUUUGUAAAUGACUGAUGUGUGUAAAAAUGCAUCUGUUUUAUCGCUCUAGACGCCAUCUUGUUUGUUUUGAUCCUACUGUAUACGGGUCGUGUGUGAUGUCGUUUUCCUGAUCCUUCCAAAACAGUUGUCACUCAAAAAAUAUUUUCCCUUUUCUCUCUGUCAACAAAUUUGUCGAAAUGUAGAUGGAGGAGAUGUUUGUUACAUGUGUUUUGGUUUAGUUUUUCAAUCACAUAGUUUGCCCGUUGUCUCAUCUGUUGCAUGGGGAGAGGAUGGCAUUGAUGAACUGCAUGUAGUAGGCUAUGUGUAUCAAGAACUGUUGGUAUGUACUGCACAUUUUACAUAUAUGCAACAAGUUUGUGUUUGUUGUAUACACAUAUACAACAUAUUGAAUAAAAUAUUUAUAUAAAGGUGUGACUAAUGUCAGUAACAUUAAUGCAAUAUAGUGUGCAGUAUAUCAUUGCACCUGUAAUUUUGAUGGGAUAAAUAAAAACGAGAGUUUAGCUAGUACUAAAAAGCAUGAAAAAGCCAUAGUAGAAUUUUUUACAUUAAAGGUUUCUUUACUACUUCCUAUCAAUCAUGUUUUCAGGUAAAGGUUGGAUUCUCCAGUAAACACAACUCAUGUCCACUGAAACCACCUUCUGAAGUGACAUGAAUACCCAGCAUGCCACUAUAGAGCUAUGUGCGUUUUUUCUGUUUUUCUUGACACGACAUUCAAAAGAAAUUGGAAUUGUUAAGUGAGGGGGAAUUACCAUGCAUUGACUUGUGGUAGAAUAUUAUGAUGGUUGUGAUUGUUUUCAGCGAUGGAAUGGAAUAGGCAUUAUUAAAAUGAUUUAUAUAAAAAUAUAUACAAUUGCAAGGAUGCCCCUUGGAGACAUGUUAUGUAAUGUUAUAGCACAUUUAUACCCACAUACUGUAUGAUUAUGGUAAAAAUGUUGUGUCAAAUGGCACAUUCAAUGUUUUAAUAUAUAUAAAAAAGAACAUGCUCAAACGAUACUCCUGAUGAGUGCAGGGUAUUCUUUGUGUCCAAUUUGUGAUGAAGGACUUUCAACCCCAAAAACACACCACUGGUGAAAAUACCCCAAAUGGAAAUUAUCAUCUCCUCAC